AUGCGUUCAAAUUCUAAAUUUAAUAUCAUGGAAUGCAUCCGAGGCUUAGGUAAUCUCAAAAAGUAUUUGGAAUUCCAAAAAUCUGACGAUAAUUUUAAAAUAUUUGUCGAAUUAUCAACAAUACUUGCUAGAGAUUUAGAUAUUGAUCCUGAAUUUCCGAUCUCGAAGCUUAGGAAAAAUAUCUGUUUAUUUGAUUACGAAAGUAGUGAUGAAUAA